AUGGCCACUGGCCUCAGCCCGGACGAUUCGCAGCAACUGAGCCCGCUGUCCACCGAGCAGACCACGCUCCUGCUACUCUUCUCGGUACUGGCCGCUGUGCACGUGGGCCAGUGGCUGUUGAGGCAGCGGCGGCGACAGCCCUGGUCCACACCCCCGGGCCCCUUCCCAUGGCCGCUGAUCGGAAACGCGGCGUCUGUGGGCUCCCCAUCGCACCUAUCAUUUGCGCGCCUGGCUAAGCGCUAUGGCGACGUCUUCCAGAUCCGUCUAGGCAGCUGUCCCGUGGUGGUGCUGAAUGGCGAGAGUGCCAUCCACCAGGCCCUGGUGCAGCAGGGUGCUGUCUUCGCUGACCGGCCGCCCUUCGCCUCCUUCCGCGUGGUGUCUGACGGCCGCAGCCUGGCCUUCGGUCAUUACUCGGAGCAAUGGAAGGCUCAGAGGCGUGCAGCGUAUACCAUAAUGCGCGCCUUUUCCACGCGCCAGCCACGCAGCCGCCUCAUCCUCGAGGGCCACGUGCGGGGCGAGGCGCGCGAGUUGGUAGCCGUGCUAGUGCGCGGCAGCGAAGGUGGCACCUUCCUGGACCCGACGCAGUCGAUCAUUGUGGCGGUGGCCAACGUCAUGAGCGCGGUGUGUUUCGGCUGCCGCUACAACCACAACGACGCGGAAUUCCUGGAGCUGCUCAGCCACAACGAGGAAUUCGGGCGCACUGUGGGCGCCGGCAGCUUGGUGGACGUGCUGCCCUGGCUGCAGCUCUUCCCCAACCCGGUGCGCACCACCUUUCGCGAGUUCCAGCAGCUCAACCGUAACUUCAGCAACUUUGUGCUUGACAAGUUCCAGCAGCACCGCGAAAGCCUCCUGACCCGGGCUGCCCCCAGUGACAUGAUGGACGCCUUCAUCCUCUCCGCGGAAAAGAAGGCAGCCGAGGGCUCUGGCGAUGGUCGCACGCGGCUGGACUUGGAGAACGUGCCAGCCACUAUCACCGACAUAUUUGGCGCCAGUCAGGACACCCUCUCCACUGCGCUGUUGUGGCUGCUUAUUCUCUUUACCAGAUACCCUGAUGUGCAAGCUCGAGUACAGGCUGAAUUGGACCAGGUUGUGGGGAGGGACCGCCUGCCCUGCAUGGAUGACCAGCCCAGUCUCCCGUAUGUAAUGGCCUUUCUUUAUGAAAGCAUGAGAUUCUCCAGCUUCCUGCCUGUCACCAUUCCUCAUGCUACCACGGCCAACACUUUUGUCUUGGGCUACUACAUCCCCAAGAACACGGUGAUUUUUGUUAACCAGUGGUCUGUGAAUCAUGACCCCGUGAAGUGGCCUAACCCAGAGGGAUUCUUGGACAAGGAUUUUUCAGUGGGCAAACGGCGGUGCGUUGGCGAAGAGCUUUCUAAAAUGUUGAUGUUUCUCUUCAUCUCCAUCCUGGCUCACCAGUGCAAUUUCAAGGCCAACCAAAAUGAGCCCUCGAAAAUGAGUUUCAGUUAUGGCCUGACUAUUAAGCCCAAAUCAUUUAAAAUCCAUGUCACUCAGGAGUCCAUGGAGCUACUUGAUAAUGCUGUUCAAAAGUUGCAAGCCAAGGAAGCUUGCCAGUAG